CAGAUGCUGAGGGAUCUGGAGAGACGCCGUGGUGGGUGCAUUUCCCUCAGCCUUCCCCUGGGACUCAGCAGCCGGGGGCUUUCCCUGCACAUCUGGACACGCCGUGCCCGGCACAGAGGGAAGGGAUCCAUGGCAGCCUGGCUGCCCCGCUGCUGCUUUCCUGCCCUGCAGGGCUGUUUCCCAGCCUGGCCUGGCUGCAGCUUCUCCCCAGCCUCUGCAGGAAGGCAUUUGGCAUCAGCUGGCAGGGAGCCCAACCUGCACCAUGGGCCCGAGAUGCCUGCAAUUUCCCGGUCUCCGGGUAGAUCAGGAAUGGCACCUGUUUGUAGAAGGGAGUGGCCUGGCCAAUCCCAAAAGUUUUGAUGAUUUCCUGAACCAUGAGUUUGUCCAGUAUUGCCUCUUGAAGAUGCCAUCUCCCAGAAGGGGAACGGCUCCAUCUAAUGCAGCUGUGCCUCUUCCUGUCUCCAGAGAUGAAGCGAAAGGCUGUGCUGAAGGCAGCAUUUCCUGGAGGAAGCAGUGGCCCAUUGGCAGCCCCUGCUGCAGGAAGUGAGGCGAUGCCAGGCACAGUCACAGGAGAUGAGCAUGCUAGCAAGGCUUCUCCAGCAGCUGGGAUGGAAGAUGGUUUGGAACCCUUGGGAGAUUCUGCAGGUGUGUCUGCAGGGAGGACUUUUCAGGCUCCUUUCCUGGUUGCUGCGCACAAGCCCGGCUCCCAUCGCAGGGGUCCGCCGAGAGGGAGGAACAGAUCUACUAAACACAUGAAGUCCCUGGAGGCAUCGAAACACAUGGACCAGAUGCUGAGUGAUCUGGAGAGACGCCGUGAGAUGGACCAAAGGGCUUUGCUGAAGGCAGCACUUCCUGAAGGAAGCCGUGGCUCCGUGCCAGCCCCCGAUACACAAAGGGAGGAGAUGCCAGACAGUGCCACAGAAGACGUUAUCACUGAAACAGGAAUAUUUGCCCCCGGAUCCAGUGCGCCUCCCAAGAAUUGUCUGCCCCCAGGAUGUGCGCAGGUCCUGCAUGAUAGGCACGGUGGUGACACUGUUCACCGUGCCCCUCGUGCUGAUCGGCUGCUAUCUUGGCAUUCGGAAGCUGUACCAGAGCAGACGUGCUUUUUCCAGUUAUUUGAUAUAGUGAAUGAUGGCUGGACCAUCGAGGAUCUGGUCUCGACGGUGGUAGCUCUAUUCCCCUUCCUCUCUUUUCUCUCUAUUUCCCUUUUCUGUCCCUUCUAUCGCAUUUGCUGUUGGUACCUAAAUAAAGAUGCAUUUGUUGUGAUUCAAGUGAUGGUCCCUUGCCAUUUGCAGUUUUGCACUUUUGGGAUCGGUUAACAAACCAUCACAAACACCCCGCAAGAGUGGA